AUGAAACACAAUCGUCCCAAAUUGCCCAGUUCGUAUGUUCGAUUAGAUCUGCCUGAUAGAGCCCAGUAUGUCGAGAAGGAAAUGAGAGAUAUUAAAGAGCUGCAAGACCUACUUAUGGAGGUAAGAGAGGAUGAAAAUGUCAAGGCAUUGAAGACAGCCGCUGCCCUGCAAACCAAUGUUCCUCCUGUGAAACUGCGUAAAAAACUACGGCUUCGGGCCCACAAAAGCAAAGUAUUGUCAAUGUGCUCUACGAAAAUCUCCACAGGUGACCAUAUGCUGGCUACAGUUGGCCAGGACAACACAGUCGUAGUAUGGGAUGCUUUGACAGGACUCAAAACUGAUGCGUUCAAGGUAUCUCAAGGACAUACACUUAGUAUUGCUACGCCACCAAAUGGUCAAAUCGUCGCCGUUGGUGGUCUGAGCUGCACAAUUGAUCUGUACUCUGUGAACGACCGCCUCUACUCUCUACUCGGCCAACACCGUGAUCCGUACCCUUUCAAACAGAACCAUGCCGUCUAUAUCGAAAACGAAGGUGUCAAAUUGUUUGGCGGUGUAGUCGGCGCAAACCCCGUGCUCCCGCUAGAGCUCUCUCCAGAAACCCCCAAAUCUUCAGGCUUGAAAGCCAUUGGUAGAGAUAGGCGGCACUUGGGUACUCUGUAUGGCCACAGUACUGCAAUCACUUGUCAGGCUUUUGUAGAUGAGUAUACUUUUGGUUCUGGAGCUGCAGAUGGAUCUUGCGGGAUGUGGGAUGUUUUGACGGGGGAGUCCAUUAUGCGGUCUUAUGAGCAUUUUGCCACUGUGUCUGAGCUCUCGACAAACCCGAACUCUCAUUUUAUCAUGGCUAGCGCAGCUGACGAUGGACAGCUUAAAGUCUGGGAUAGCAGACAGCCCAAAUCAAUAAUGACAUUCCCUUCGGCAGGUGCUUCGCCCUUGAAUGGCUUGAAGUUCCACCCCGAAGGACAAUGUAUCGUGGCUGGAAAUAGAGAGUCUAUCCUGUUGUUUGAUAUGCGUACGAACUCAAUCGUCUCUGAAGUUGGGAAUUUUGGUAUGCCAACUGCUAUGUCACUCUCCGAGUCUGGCCGUCUAGUAAUUGUGGGGUACGGAGAUGGCACUGUGAACAUUCUUGAUCUCCUCAAAGAGAAUUGGAUCUCUCAGUUCACUCCUCAUCGUCAAAGAAUCAGUGGCAUGGCCAUCUGUGGGUCAGAGGUUGCCACAAGCUCUUGGGACACUACAGUUUCAACUUGGAAGUGCGUUUAA